UAAGUGUCUACGUUACAUAACUGCGUGCUUGUCACUUGCGCACAAACCAGGAAGUAAAGUUGGAGCUACACGGUUGAAGAUGUUUACAUUCAGUUUGACACUCGUACGGCAUGGCGAAACACAGUACAACAAGGAAAAACUGCUGCAAGGACAAGGUGUGGACACGGUCCUAUCAGAGGCAGGCAUGGAGCAGGGCGAGGCGGUGGGACAAUACCUCAGAGACAUCCACUUCAACAGGGUGUUCGCCAGUAACCUAAAAAGAGCCGUACAGACGGCUGAGCUCAUUCUGAGGAACAACACUCACUGCUCUGGCAUGGACAUGGUUUUGGAGCCGUUACUCAGAGAGAGGGGUUUUGGUGUUUGUGAAGGACAUCCCAAAGAUCAUAUGAAGAACAUGGCAAACGCUAGUGGACAGUCAUGUCGGGACUUCACCCCGCCAGGAGGAGAAACUUUAGACCAGGUGAGACUCCGAUUCAAAAAAUUCCUCAAAGUCCUUUUCAAAAAAAUGCUGGAAGAGCACGGCUCGUCAGAACCGAGCGCUUCCGCAGAAGUAUCAGAAGCUGCUAACGGGACCUCUGCGUCUGCCUCUGCUUCUGCAUCGGGUGAUGCUCCCGUUGCUUCAGCUGACGAUGGCCUCCAGGGAGUGCCGGUCCACGUCCUGGUCGUGAGUCAUGGCGCCUACAUCCGUGUAGCCAACAAGCACCUCGUGGAGGACUUAAACAGCUCUCUACCUCAAGGGGUAAAGAUGUCCCAGCUGUUUGCACCCUGUCCCAACACGGGAAUCAGCCGCUACGUUCUCACUUUGAGCCAGUCUGAGUCGUCCCGGUCCCCUGUCCUCUCAGCUGCUCGCUGCGUCUUCACAAACCGGAAGAAACACCUGGAUGACCUCGCAGCUGCAGAAUAAUGUAGAGGAGAAGAAAAGUGACGGAAAACUUGGAGUAUGUUGUACUUCUUUGAUGGGAACAAUCACGAACACUAAAGGGAAAAGGAGAAUCAAUGAACUCAAAGUUACAACAGCUGACUGACAUCAACGCACAUGACGCACAGGGUAAAUUAUGUCAUCCCAGCAAUCACAAGUGGGUAAAUACUCUAUACAUUUGCAGUACUGUACUAUCAAACACUCCUCAUCCAUCUAACUGUGGAUCAGUAAGCACUCGUGUCAUAAAAAACUUUUAAUAGUUCAUUUUAUUGCCUCUUUUAUCAUCUUAUACCAAAGUCAGAACUAUUUAAUUUAUUUUUGAGCACUGUCAGUAAGUGAGGCAUUUUCAUCUUGAUGUAUUUGUUUCUGCUCAUUAUACUCGUGCAAUACAACAUAACACUGAAUCUUUGUGACUUUCCUACAUAUUUAUUGAUGACGGAUAAUACUAAAGAGUUGCACAUAUAAAAAAAGACAUUUGAGACAUCUGUCUUUGUACUGUUGUUUGGUGCUACAUAUUCAUGUGUGUUUGUUUCAGGCUUGUAAGUGUUCAUUUGAAGUUUUUUUUCUCUAUUUUUAGAGUUUUAUUCCCGACUGAAUGGUUGAGCCUUGAAGCUCGUCACAGCCUCAACAAUUCAAAAACAAUAUCUAUUAAUUCUGCUACUGCAAGGAAAAAAACUAAAAAUAACACAAAGUCAUGUAACUAUUCUGCUGCAGAACAAUCUGCAAUCAAAUAUUGUCUGAAGAUGAUUGUUUUACAGCUUUUAAGUAGUGCUUGUACGACAGGGAUUGGAUGCCUCUGUCAUUGUAUCGUCAGUUCAUUUCUACCUUCUGAUAAGUACACAUGGAGUAUUUGUCAUCUCCAGUUUUGUGCUGCUUAUUUGACUUGUGCAAUAUAACAUGACAAUACUGA